UCGCGAAGCAAAGCACACAUCAAGCGCCUCCCGAAUCAAUAAAAAAUGAAGUUUGCUACUGGACUGGUUCUUGCGGCAAUUGCCGUUACUGCCGCUAACGCUGGCAACCCGGCCUACCUGCGUUCGACCGUCUCGGACGACGCCAGCGCAAGCGACGACUUCGAUUUCUCUGACUCGCUUGACGCUAGCGGCAGCGACGACGUUUUGGACGACGAUGAUCUCACAAUCGACCUGACUGACCUUUUCGGCAGCGACAGUGACAGUGAUGAUGGCAGCCACCUCAAGAUCAACAUUAUGUCUCUUAUUGGCAGCGGUAGCGACCAGGUUGAACUUCAGGACAUUAUCGACGCCUUCGAAGAGGCUGAGGGAUCGGACGCCAGUGGCAGCGACGAUCUGUCGUGGCUGCUUGACUCGGACAGUGGCAGCGACGACGACGAUGACCUCCCCCUGAAGGGUGGCAAGGGUAAGAGUGUCUUGGAUGACUUGGACUCAGGCAGCGACGACCUGUCGUGGCUUCAGGAAGAUGUCUCGGAGUCCGGCAAUGAGGACCCCGACCUUGUGAAGGGAGCCACUAAGGGCAAGUACCCGAUUGUCGACGACGACUCUGGAAGCGACGACGAUCUUUCAUGGCUGCUCGACAGCGACUCGGACUCUGGUAUCGAGGACCCCGUUCUGGUGAAGGGAGCGACCAAGGGAAAGACUGGACUCUACGAAGAGGAGGACCCUGUCCUCGUCAAGGGAGCCACCAAGGGCAAGACUGGCCUCGAGGAGGAGGACCCGGUCCUGGUGAAGGGAGCCACUAAGGGAAAGACCACCCUUUGGGACGAUGAAGACUCUGGAGAGGACGAUAUCAUGGUGAAGGGCGGCAACAAGAGCCCUGCCACUAAGACCUCGAAGUCCACCAAGACUGGUGAGACGACAACUGGCUCGAUCGGCACGCUCUACGACGAUGGCUCGGAUGGCACCCUUGGUGAGACCGAGGAGGACCCUGUUCUGGUUAAGGGAGCCACCAAGGGCAAGACUCCUCUGUACGAGGACGACAGCGAGGCUUUGGACGAGGACGACCACCUGCAGACGGAGCAGUCGGAUGAAUUGGCGGCCACGAAGACUGACCAAGAGCUCUAAGACGCUCUGGUAAGCUAAAGGAUUCUUAAUGUACGUUGGUCAUCAUGACAAAAAUGUACGUUGGUCCUUGUCGACAUGAACUUGAGACUUCGUAUUCCUGCAUGAAAGUAUGUGUAGACUGACCGUCAAAACGAAGUGGCGGUCUUGAUUCAAUACAACCUUUAUAAUGAAACUUUUUGUUUU